CGGAAAUGAGCUGGAGGAAAAGUAAACAUGGCUGCUCAGAUAGCAGUUCUGAUCAGUUUAAAUUUAAUUUUUUCCAACAUAAGGCUAUCUCAGGCUUCAACGCAUUGGGUAGUGACAGAAGAUGGAAAAGUACAAUCUCAGAUGGACUCUGUGUUCAACAUGAAGAGACCGUACGACCUUGUUGCCUUUAUGAAACAAGAAGAAAGAGCAAAUAUGCUGGACAAACUGAAACAAGAACUUCUUUCAAGAAAAGUGGAAAUAGACAGUACAGAAGAUAGAGAUACAGGUUUAGAAGAAAAGUUUUAUAAAACAGAUCCAGAUUGUUUAGCAGCUGGGAAACAGUUGCCCGACCUUGACCUUUAUAUCAGUACAGUACUGCCUCUAGAAAAUAAAGGAAUAAGACCUGAGGAUUUUCUACCGCGUUUUGUACCAGGGUCAUUUUUAAUGCAGCCAGAUUGUACGCAGUAUAUAGACCUGCCAUACAGCCCAUAUGCAUAUGAACAUCUGGAUGGCAUGAGGGACCGCAGGAAGUUGCCUGGUUCCCCAGAACUUGGACUAAAAAAUGCUAUAACCUAUCAAGAUAAUGUUGACGAAUAUGGUCAUAGGAUUUAUGAGGCAUUUAAAAAGAAUCAGACCUCAUGGAUAUUGUACAACAUGGCAGCAUUUUACUGGAGAAUUAAAGGAGAUCCAUACAAUGUUAUAGAGUGUGUACGGAGAGCUCUCCACUAUUCUCCAAGAAUGCAGAAAGACGUAGCAUUGAUAAGUUUAGCAAAUGUUUUACAUCGUGCACAGAAAUCCAACGAGGCAGCCAUAGUGGUGCAUGCUGCCAUUGAUGUAUCCAGGGAGUUAAAUGUUAACCAUUUUACAUUGGGAAAUAUUUAUGCUGUCCUAGGAGAAUAUAAUAAAUCUGUGAUAUGUUUUGAGAACACAUUAAGAAUCCAGCCGGAUUUCGAAGCAGCAGCCAAACGUAAACAUGCUGUGAUCUGUCACGCCAAACUAGAAAGUGCAUUGGAGGCUCAGCAUAGGUCACUUCAACGUACGUUAAAUGAUCUCAAAGAUUACCAGCGUAAACACGACUUCUGGCAACAACAGAGUGAUAAAUUGCUUGCCGAACAAGUGCCGCUAGAAGUUAAACUCUCGCAACAUGUGGCUUAUGAGGAACUUAAAAUAAAGGAGCUUUCUUCCGAAAUAGGGAAGAAAAAAAAAAAGUUCAAUAAAGGCCGUGAGUAUUGUAGAAUGGGAGGUAAGGAGGGCAAACAAGUACUGAUGUGUUCUUGGCGUAGGAAGGCAGACCCAGAAAUAGAGAUGGAUCUCACUGUUCCAGCUGAUAAACCAGCUCAAGAUAACAUAAAGGAAGAGGAGAAGUCUGUGAAAACUGAACCUGAACCAGUCAGCUUGAGAGAUUACACAAAACCUGUCAGGGGGCACAAAUAUACAUUUGAGACUGUCAAAGUACCAAGGUAUCAAGGUGUAACCCCAGACUACCUGAAUGAAGAAUGGCCAAGCAAAGAGGAGUGUGAUCUUCAUGUUCAGAAAGUCCCAGAUGCACGAAAUCUUACAUCCACCUACUUGCCACCAGAAAACAAGGGUUAUGAAGUGAAACCCUUGCUGAAUGAGUUUUUAGGGUUGAAGGAAGGUGAUGAACACCCAUUACCAUGGUUUCCACCAGUCUGUGUCACGUUGCUAGACAUCCCAGAGGACAACCCAAGGUCACAUGAUGAUAUUUACUCUGUAUCUCUUGAAAUGAGGAAGACCAUUCCACUAGGACUGAAAGACCAUUAUCAUACAGAGCUGCUACUGAGCUAUGUAAAUGAUGGUAAAGUCACUAUUGAGGAACUGGGACAAAGAAUCCUGUCAGGCCUAAAAAAGAGAGAUGGACCAAAAUGGAUAUUUUACAAUUUGGCCGGCCUGUAUUGGAGGAUAAUUGGGAACAACUACCAUGCUAUAGAGUGUUUCAGACGAUCUGUAUAUACAGCACCAUUUGAUGUGUUAGACGUCCCAGAUAUCAACCUUGCAAACAUUCUGUACAGAUGGGCACAGUAUGACGAUGCUCUGGAACUUUCAAAAUAUUCCUUGAGACUCAGUCAGUAUGAGCCUGCAGCACAAUUCCUCAUAGGCAACAUAGAAUGGGCUAAAAAGAAUUAUACAGGAGCAAUAUGGAGAUACCAGCUUGCACUUGAAGCUGAACCAAACUAUGUUGAAGUUGUGAACACGCUGCGUGAUCUGAAAUGUUACCUACGGUAUCAUCAGGCUGCCCAGUCAGCUGUGCCAGUUGAGGUACUGUCAAACUGUCCCGCACUAAUGGGACAGGAUAUGAGCCAAUCAGAAAGUAGGGUAAUCUGUAGACAUGAAGCUGGCGAGGAGAAGUGUGUAAUCGAGACUCGAACACGCGGCAAUUCAGGUGAGUCUGAAGGUUCAUGUACACAGACAUGUACAGUCGGCCCGGUAACUGAUACAUGCAGCAGUCAACAAGCAGUUGAAGGCCCAGAAGGUCACUCGCAUGGCACGUGUGGACAAUGUAAUAGUUGCUGUAACAGAUGCUCCAAAUGUGCUCCACCCCCAAGCAAUUCCUGUCAGCACCCUAAGGGACCUAUUGAACAGACAUCACAUAUGACAGCUGACGGGAUAUUAUUUGACUCUCUUGAUGAUGAUGAGGAUGAGAAUGAAGACAAAGACAGCGAGGAACAGGCAACAGAGAAGAAUAUGGAUGAGAAUGGACACUGUCCCGAAGGCGAGGAUUGUUCUAAGGUCAAAGUUCAGUGUCACAUACCGAUAUUGAUACACCAGACCCCACCUCAUAUAAAGUUGGAAUUCAUCAACGGACAACUAUUCCAAAAACUGAUUUUUGCUCAGUCGCCGAAUGAACUUACAGUACGAGCAGAGGAGUGUGUUAUCUUUAAUGAUGGCACAAAAUCAGAGGGAUGCUCAAGACCAGAAUUCAGGGCCUAUCGGCCUAAACUCUAAGGAUUCUGGUAUAGAUUAUGUAGAUGAUGCACGAGUUUUAUAUCAGACGUCUUUAUCACGGGACCACUGUCUUUCCAAUAAAAAUGUUUAACAUGAUUAAGUGUUACUAACAAAAAACAAGGAAUUAACACAUUUUGUUCUAAAAUUUAAAAAAAAUGUUUCGAACACUAAGGAUGACAUUCAGAUUGAAGUGUAUUUUUAUAUCAAAGUGAAAUUUUAAAAUAAAAAUAUAGUAAUGUGAAGUAUUUUGAUAAUCAGUUUUAACCUUUAGCCUGCUGAAUUUCUAAAAUGGACUGGUCCAUCUUUCAAUUAGGGCAAUAUCAUUUAUUAUUCGAAUGGGUGUUCACUGAAAAUUUACUGACUGAAGACCAUGAUCUUGGUCUGCACUGGUCGCAAAGGCAGAAUAAAUUGCCACAAGUAGGCUAAAGGUUAAAGUACCUAAAACAACAUAACUUUUGCAAAUAAAUCUUGAAUUUCUAGUUUAGGUGGCAGCACUUUUUCUCUUUGUAUCAGCUCUAAUACAGUGUGUAUGAAAAGGCAUGUGCUACAAAUUUCAUUGAUUUAAUCAAAGAAAGUCAGUUUGUUUACAUUGUUUCUUUUAAUAAGUUUUUGGUGCUGUCUUACGCAUUUCUCCAAAAUUAUUUAGAUUUUUUGCUGCCGCUUUAAAAAAAUUCAGAGAUCUUUAAGAAUUUAUCCAGUCAAGGUCAUUUUCAUUUUUCUGAUUUUUUCAGACAUAUUUUGUAACUUUGUUUAUCUGUCGAAAGAUUGGAUAUUUAUGUGCUUUCUUUCUUUGUUAAAUAGACUUUUGACUAAUCUCCAGGUUUUGUAUUUGGUUUUGAGUUUUAUGCCUUUUUGUUUUCAAUUUUUUUCUUUCUAUUUUUUGACUCUACAACAUCAUCAGCAUCAACAACAGUAAUUUUAAAUGGAAGACAGUAGUCUUAGUGUUGUUGACAUGUACUUUGUCUAGUGGUUCACAUUUAUAAUUAACAAAUCUAAUUUUGCCGCCUUUUUCUUUCAUCCAGAAUCUCUUUCUAACCUUAUUGUACUGUUGUAAUACUGUGUUUAUAUAUAUUUUUUCUUGUAAUAAGAUGAUUAACAUAGUUUAACCCUUACCAUGCAAAAUUUCUAUAAUGAACUUGUCCAUCUUCCAAUUUGGAUAGUACCAUUAACUGUUAAAAGGGGUGCUAACCAAAAAGAUACUGACUGAAUAGCAAACAGUGCAGAUCAUGACUGCAGACUGCAGGGAUGUGCAUGCUGAUCAUGAUCUACACUGGUCGCAAAGGCAGAACCAGUCGUGUCUCCAGCAUGGUAAGGGUUAAUUAUGCCUCAGAAAACUAGAUAAUUUGCUUACAGUAUCAUACACAUAUGAUGCAAAUAUCGCAGAUGACUUUAUGUAAAAAAAUCUUUUAAAAUAGAAAAUCCCGAAUGUAGACGCUUAAUAGGUAUCUAUUCUUUUGGCAUGUGAGAAAUUUUGGCAGAUCGAAACAUAUGCUUUAACAUUAUGUCAUCCAUCUUUUUGAAGACUUUUGUUGAUAUAGAUUUCUGUAGAAUGCAGUUUGCUAGUAGAAUGUUUUAGAAUAUUUGGCUUAACCUUUACCUUGCUAAAUUUCUAAAAUGGACAGGUCUAUCUUUCAAUUUGGGUAGUACCAUUUAUUAUUUGAAGGGGUGUUCACUGAAAAUUCACUGAAAAGUGAACAAUAUAGAUCAAGAUCAGCCUUCACUGGUGGCAAAGGCAGAAUCACUUGCCACCAGGAGGUUAACGGUUUAAUCCUUACUUAGAAGCAUUAUUUUUCAUUCCUGAGAGGACCAGCAUUCUGAUUUUGAAUUUAAUGAAAUUUAUGGUGACCAAUGGAGAAAAGGAUCUUCAGUUCAUACAUAGUGCAAGAACAACUGUGUAAUGGUUAUUAAUUAGCUCCCUUUUUUUCCCCAUUCAUUUUUACCAGAUACCUAAUAACCAUAUGAUAAGGCACUCUAUGAAGCAAUUUCCAGGUGAAUUGAACAGAACAAUAUAACUAUAAAACCUACAGCGAUGAGAUAUUAUUUGUUACCAAUAUAUAAUAGCCUUUGCAAACGGGGAGAUGAAUCACCAUAAUUUAUGUGAUAGCUGAAGUUUGCCUUGUUCUUGGACAAAUAGAUCGUGUCUCCUUAUGAAUUUGAAUAUGAUGAAAAAGAUUCAACCCUCUGAUGUUUAAAGUUUUGCAUGUAUUCUUGCAUGUGUUAAAAUAUCUAAGAUUAAACAAUUUUUUAAAAAAAGUCAGUUUUCUGAUCAAAUAUCCGGAGAAAAAAUGAUGGAAAAAAUAUUUAUUUUAUUCAUUUUUAUUUCUAAAGAAAAUUUCUGAUUACCGUAAUAAAGAAAACUUACUUAUAUUAAUUUAAAGAAAAACUUUUUUACAUCAAAUAAACUCAUUUAGUAACAUUUGAAGACAGAAGAUAGUGAUCCAGUUCAAAUUUAGAGAAUUCAGUUAUAUAUAAGCACAGCUGUGCAAAAACCAACAUUAGGGCUUUGCAACAAGCAGGGAUCCAGGUCAGUGAACAUUCUUACUGUUGGUUUAAAAGUCUCAGCUCUUGCAUGCAACUGAUAUGCGACCAGUGUGGAUCCAUAUCAGACUGCAUGGAUACACAGGUUGAUCUGGAUCCAUACUAGUCGCAAAGCCCUAAUGUUGGUUUUCACACAGCGACACUCGUAUAAUUUAAGCAUAAAUAUGUCCGUUAUUGUUCAGCACACAUUCUUUGUUGUUGUAACUUUUUUAUUGAAGAAGACUGGCAGUUUAUAAUUAGAUUUUAAAACAGUAUUUAUUUCAUGAACAGAUCAUCUAGAAAUCCAUUUCUUUAUUGAAAAAAAAUCCCAACGUUAAGGUAUUUCUGUAUGUUUGUUUAACUGGAAGUGACUAUAACAUCACUUUUCCUGAAAACCUAAAAUAAUGCCUGGUAGCAUAGAUGAUAAUCUUAUUUUAUUGAAUGUAUUAAGUGUUAAAUGGUCAAUGCUGCUUUAAGGUUUAUUUUGACAUUAGUAAAAUAAUUCAAAAUAAUAACAUAGAAUAAGCAGCAAGGUAGGAGUGAUAUUUUGGGAAUUGUGAAAAAUUAAGCUAGUACAUGUAUAUGACUGGAUUUUUUUUUAUUGGCUGAAUUUCCUUCUGAUAUAAUAUUGCUUUGAAAAAAUAUGGUUUAAAUAAAUUUACAUUUUAGGACAAUAUUUGUUUCAAGCAUGCAGAACUACGUUAUUGUAAAUGUGUUUGUAGUAUAGUUGUGAGCUCUAUUAGAUAUGUGUACUUUUAUUCAUAAUGAUCAUGCCUCCCUUUCGAUGAUUUGCCAAUUUUAAAGAUCAGUGUCACGUUGUCUUGGAGACUGAAACUGGUUACUGAUCGAUAAUUGUAGCAUGCUUGGCAUUCAGGUCUGAAACUUGUUCCUGAUCAAUAACUGGAGCAAGCUUCCCAGUCAAACUUAUGAUGAUUGCAUUUUUUGUCAGUAUAUGACCUCUUUAAGCUUGUUGUUUUUUGGGUCAGUACAUUAAAGAACAUGGUCACAAUGACCUUGAGACUGGAAAUGGUUGCCAAACAGUAACUGUAGAAUACUUGUGCGUUCAUACUGUAAUUACCUGUGAUGUGAUGUGACUCCUAUCAUUUUAUACCAAAGGUCAAGGUCAUAGUGACAUUGAGACUGAAAAAUGUUUCCAGUCAGUAACCUGAGAAAGCUUGCACCUAAGCUCCACAGUCUUUAGGACUAAUACCCUUAUCAGUAGAUAACACUUGACUUGCUAUUCUUAGUGUCAGAGGUCACAGUGGCCUUAAGGCUGAGGAACUGUCUAUGGUCAGUUACUAAAGAAAGCUUUUGACCUAUAGCAGUCAAACUUGGUAGGAUAACAUUCUUUGGUCUUUUGUUGAUCUGUGUCAUUUUAGAGUCAUAAGUUCAAUGGUCAAGGUCACAGUAUACCCGAAGCUGAAUGUCACAAACUCUGUUACUUCUGACAGGUCAGCAUGGGAAAAUACGUGUUUUUUCAAACAGUUCUCACUUCUUGAAAUAUCAAACAAAUUCAUAGAUUUAGAGUAGAGGCUAACCCUUUUUACCUUGUGCAAAUUUUUCUACAUGCACAUAAUAUAAUAUUAUUAUUAUAACAGUCUUUAAUCAAAUGGUGUACAGUUAUCUGCAGAAAGGCUUUUUUACCUGGUAAAUUUUGUGCAUUAUUAUUUUCAGACUAAAUUUGCAUUGGAUAUAUGACCCAUACUAAAAAAAAACAACCAAAAAACAAGACUUACAUUGACACUUUGGGGCAGGAGAACUUUCAAACAGUGUUUGUUAGUAAAUUUCAGGAUUUUCAUGAUUAUUAGUGUUGUUGAUAGUGAAUAACAUAAAAUGACUAAUGAUCCCUAUAAGUGCAUGACAAUUUUCUUAAUAUUCAUAUGAUUACAUGACUCCUUACAUAAAUUGUGGGUCCACAGUUUGUGCUGUAUGAUUGGUCUAUUUUCAGCUGGGGUGAAAUUCAAAAUUUACAGGAAGUUAUUAUGAAAACAUAAAAAUUAUUUUUGAUGUGAUGUAAUAAAAGACUGAUUGAAUGGCUCGCCAGUCUAUGAGUGUAUAUUGUAAUUAUGAAAAGUUACCUGAUCUGUCAAAUAAAGAAAAUCAAAAUAAUGGUACAAGUUAAUGGCAACAGUAUUGCACUGUAGUUUUAUAUUUCAUUUAAGGCAUGUAAACUUAAAAGUUCAUCAAUUUAUCAAAGCUUGUAGUUGAAAUAGCUCACGUAAUAGAGCACUCCUUUUGCUUUGAAUUGCAUUCAUGUUAUUAUUCUGCAGUCUAUCAUAAUUUGAUACAUGUAUUUACAUAAAUGCGCACCUUCUCUUUCAUUUACUUAAUUUGCAAUAUGAUAUUAUUAUUUUUUUGUGUACUUAUGUUAAAAUACACGCAACUUUGUUACUGUAUAAGUUCUUAAUUUUCAUUUUGAAAUAUUUAAGUAAAAUUGUUGUUAAUUUGGCAAUAAAGAAAACUUACUUGAA